AUGGCAGAUGUGGUUUCAAAGGUGCUGGAGGUGCUGCUCUGGGUGCUCCUCUCUCUGCUGCCUCUAGUGGAAGGAGCUCAUAUGAAAGCUGGUGCUGCCAGUGUGGCAUCAGACUCGGGCAACGCUGUGGGCCUGCUGGGAGGGCAGGAGGAGCGAGAGCCUCCUGUGACGUUACCAGAGGUGGUGGAGGACGAGAAGCAGGAAGACGACAUUGACCCUUACACUACUUGGCACGCUCUAUAUGACCCAUUUGUAAUAGAAGAGGUGGAUGACCAUCCCAGUAGUCGUUGGGCGGGGCGCUCUCCACGCUCCUCUGACCCCACAGAGCCUCAACCCACAGGAUCACAGAAGAAAAAGAAGAAGAGGAAGAGGAAAGACAAGGAGGAAGUGGAAGAGACGGGGAAAAGAGAUAAAAAGGGCAGAGGUAAAAACAGGCGGCCAAAGCAGAGCAGCAGGGACUGCCGGGUGGAGAAGAGAGAGAUGAAGGUUCGGGACCUGGGCCUCGGGUUUGACUCGGAUGAGAUUGUCCUCUUUAAGUUCUGUGUGGGCUCCUGUCAGUCCUCAAGAACAAAUUACGACCUGGCCCUGAAGGCACUGCUGGAAAACGGGUCGGUGCCCCGGCGCAAAGUCAGCAGCCACCCCUGCUGCCGGCCCGACCGGUACGAGUCAGUUUCCUUCAUGGACGCCCAGACCACAUGGAGGACUAUCCAGUCUUUAUCUGCUGCCAGCUGCAUGUGUAUGGGCUGAAGAUACAAACAAGGGAGAGGCUGAUGAGAGCCGGUGUCAUCCAUCCUGACGGGAGAGGUGUCGAGACCUGGGUGUAGGAAGCAGCAAGAGGGGCGCACUGUCCUAUUCACAGAGCAGAGGAAAUACUGAUGGCUGCUCUAUGGCUUCCUGUGGUGCAUUGCCAGAUGAGGAUAAGGAGGAGUGGGUGCAGCUGCAUGAUAGAGGGCGAAGGUCAGAAUCAGAGAUUGAGGGGGAGGUCAGCAGAGAAUCACAGGCUGGAUUUACAGUCGUCUCAUCAAAGAAUAAUUGUUACUGGUUCUGGCAGGAUGCAGCAGACCAGUCAUUACUCAGAGAGGAGACGCUUUAUGGGAACAUGUUUUGAUGUAACAUGGGCGAGACAAAGCUCAAGAGACCCAGAGAAAGGACGCAGUUAAAGGACUGACACUGUGUUUAUAAACUGAAAAGACUGAUGUGAUGUUCACAAUAACUCACAGUAACGCCAGAAGUUCAAUAUUUCUUUUCUUCCCACACAAAGACGGGGACAUUACGUUGGGCCGUUUCUAUGUUCAGGUGAACUCAGCCAAAUGGAUGCCAUGCAUCUUCAUGUAUUACUGUAUAAAAGUAAAAUAUAUUUAUUUCUGAUAAAUUAUUUAUUUAUUAUAGCUUCAUAUGUGAGCUGUUUUUAUGAACUCUAUAUUGUAGAUAAAUAUCUAUUUAUUGCCUCAGAUUUUCUUGUCGACAGUUACUUCUGCUCACAGACAGUACGUGCAUAUCUGUUAAAAAUGCUGAUUUUCACCUUUGUUAACACCGUUCGAGACCGAGCUGAAUGGCUGAUUUUAGAUUCUAAUGAUUGGAUACACUUUACGUUUCUGGACAAAGUGUCCAAAAGUGCAGAUAUUGUCUAAUAUGUGACAUCAGAAACAAAUUGACCUGCAUUGAAACGAUGUGGUAAACUCAAGGAAUAUUUCCCCUUGAGACCAUCUCACAUACUUGAGAGCAAAGCUCAGGUUUUGUGGUUACUUCUGGAUAAUAACAUAGUUUUUCCCACAGAGAAAUAGAAAAGAAAAUCAGCUUCACAUCUAGAAUGUAUGUACAGCAAACAAG